AUGAAAGGGAACGAGAGUGCCAUCUGCGAACCUGCUUCGGGUGAAAUGCCUGUAGUUUUAUGGUACACAGAGGUGGUAUUAAGAAAAAACAAAGUAGGCAUGAAAGGGAACAAGAAUGCCAUCUGCGAACCUGCUUCGGGUGAAAUGUCUUGCAAACCCGGGGUGAGCGGAGCAGCGUUCUCACUGCUGCUGGGGGGCAUCGGGUCACGACUGGGGAGAGGGUGUCCUAAAUCCAUCUGCUGCAGCAGGGGCUGCCAGCCUGGGAGCUGUGGUUCAGGUUGGACGCUUGUUCUCCUGCCUCAGAUCAUCACUGUGGAAGAAGCAAAACGGCGGAAGAGCGUUUGCAGUUACUACGAAGAGGAGGAUGACGAUUCUCUGCCUGUCUUAAAGCAUCACAGCGCUCUGCUGGAGAACAUGCACAUCGAGCAGCUGGCCCGGCGCUUGCCCGCCCGAGUGCAGGGCUACCCGUGGCGGCUGGCGUACAGCACCCUGGAGCACGGCACCAGCCUCAAGACUCUCUACCGAAAAUCAGCGGCUCUCGACAGCCCCGUUCUCCUGGUCAUCAAGGACAUGGACAACCAGAUCUUUGGAGCGUACGCGACACAUCCCUUCAGGUUUAGCGACCAUUACUAUGGCACUGGCGAGACAUUCCUCUACACCUUCUGUCCACAUUUCAAGGUGUUCAAAUGGAGUGGCGAGAACACCUACUUCAUCAAUGGAGACACCAGCUCUCUGGAGCUGGGAGGAGGAGGCGGCCGGUUUGGGCUGUGGCUGGAUGCAGAUCUGUAUCACGGGCGCAGCAACUCCUGCAGCACCUUCAACAACGACAUCCUCUCUAAGCAAGAAGACUUCAUAAUACAGGACGUGGAAGUGUGGACAUUUGAGUGAAACGCUGCCUGUCGUAGGGACUGGACCCACGGGGCACGUAAAAGCCAAGGCGACGGUGCCGGCGGCCUCACGACGUCACACGCUUUUCCCUCCAGUUUGUACCAGAGCAUGACUGCGCCAAACCCAGUACCCACCCCCAGGAGACCCGCGCCGGGUCCAGGGGCCGCAGGAGGCGGGACGGCGGGAGGUGGGACUGAGCGUCUGUCCUUCCUCCCCACCGAGGGCCCACGCUGCUGGGAACGCUGAUGGUGUGUGAGCUCAAAACUUGGCUGUAACUGUGAAAAAGACCCUGUGGGAGAACUAUCACUGUCUCGUACAUUCCAUGUGUAUUUAUGUUCAGCCUACAAAUGCUAACCAAAAAUAAAAGGUUACAUUACCAAAACCUACAGCAUAUUGUUUGCCAUGGAAAAGAAUCACAAAUAGGUGUACACAGCACUUAAGGGAACAUGUUUUUUUAAAUCUUUUUAUUUAUUAUCAUUGUAUAGCAAUCUUUUUUUGUCAAUGUAUUAGCUAUGAGUUUGUUUUCUUUUAAUGUUUCAAAUCUCAGUUUGAGAAAUAAUUACCAUUCAGGUAGGUUUCUUAUGCAUUGGCAUUCAUUCUGAAGCAAUUUAUUUGAUUUCUGAAGUUAAUUUUUAUAUUUUUUUAUUUUGUAAAUGAGGUUUUCAUUUUACCCGAAUUAGAGGGUUUGUUUUGUGGCAGAAACAUUUGAGUGCAUAAUCCUGUUUGGGUUGUUUUCCUGAGACGAGGGAGAAGGUGGAUGGUGCUUCUCGUUAGCUCUGCUGCCGCGUCCCUCUUCCCAGGCGAUGGCUUUGGCAGCCUGUGCCCAGCCUGGUGCUGUCGGGACCCCACAGCCUCACCAUGGGGACGGGGGGCUCAGCCCUGCCCGGGGGUGUCCGACUGUUCACUUGGGGCAUUUCCCAGGGAGGCCGGGUUUUCUGUAUCAAUGAGCCACCCGCUGUGCUUCUGUGAGCACCUCUCUGCAAACAGGAGGAUAACCGCCUCGUUAAGGAGAAAACACACCUGAGAUUGGAGAAGGUGGCGGUUUCCCCAACAGGCCAGGUCAUGUUAGUGUAAUACUUGUUUUCUGGGUAAUUAUACAUGUGAUUUCCUUCCUGAAAAAGACUUGAAGCAACAGGCUGGCUUAAGAUUUGACAGGCAACUCAAUAUUCUUCUUUGUUCUUCAUGAAAUACCCAGAUACCUUUCCCCCUCUCCCCUCGACACUGAAAGCCUGCACGUUGCACGAGGAGUGUUGGUGAGCAGGGAGAGCGUGGCAGGGGACCGGCACCUCCGCUGUUUGCCAAAGAACCCUGCUCUGGCCGGGAGCCGUGGGCUUGUUUCCCUGGUCCAGACCCCGCCAGGGUGGGGAGACCCCCUGCCCUGGGACCCCAGUGUGCCCUGCUGCUGGGAGAGGGGGGUUUCACAACCAGUGCUGGGCUGCCCGCGUUAAACACUGCACCUGAAUUUGGGAAUGCUAUUAACUGAGCGCUACAGCUCCAUUCAGCUACUGCUCUUCCCUUUUUGAGUCGAUUUAAAAAGAAAACAAAGCAAGCAGCCAAGUGAUUUUCCUUUGGAAGCGCUGCUGGCCCCGGCGCUGAGAAGGAGAGCGAGCCCCUCGUGCUGUGGGGCAGCUGUGCCCCAAAUAAACACCUUAUUGGCGGGGCUGGAAAACAUUUUGGGAGUGUCUAACGGCAUAACGCUUGGAAAAUACCAGGAAUGUCUAAUAACGUUUGCUCUUUCAGAUGGUGGCAGAACACUUAAAAAAAACCCAAACCCACCAAGUUCGACAUUUUCCAUCCAUUUCACUCUUGCUACCUGCAACUUCCCCCGUCGUCCUGUCCGUGUCGGAGCAUACCCAAACGCUGUGGGCUGUAUUCAAAACAGUGUUGUUCGAGCGAAAUCCUGUGACCCUUGAGACUAUGACUAUUGAAUAUAUGUAAUGCAGUGCUAUCACAAUAUUUUCAAUAAAGGAAUUUAUGCAUUCAGAAA